CUGAGUAACCGGAGUGCACAGAUGAUGUGCGGAAGAGCCAGUGCGCGCUUCCCCUAAUCUGGUUGAGCAGCCUCGCUGUCUUUUCAGCACCACUCACUGACAACCCGACCAACCGGAGAGGCUAGACAGGCUAAACGGACUUCCCUACCUGCUGUGGAUCUUUUUUCUCUCAAGAUAACAAAUCAGUACAACUUUUUUUGUCUUCAACUAAAGGAAGAGAAACAACUAUCAAAUCCUGAUACCGAGUUUACAUCUGCUGAAAGUAAGAAUUCACAUUUGUUGGUGUCUUUGUUCCAAACAGGAGCGACCAUGUGUUUGACGGAUGUAUGAUUUUAUGAUUUUUUUCACUGCGGAUUCACAUUUUUCCGAUUCAUGGUUUCACUUUAAUCUAUGUUUGGUAGACUAUUUUUAUCACACUUUGAAAGUGUAGAAAAUGUCCGCAACCACUUCAAUUAACGAGCUGAAUUAAGUUUAUUAUUUUUACGGGAGAUUUUAAACGUCCAGUCAGUAAUUUUCCUUUGAUAACGUGGGAUUUGUUUAGGUCGAUCUAGUCGGGAUGCUGACUUUAGUAGUUGGACUUUUGUACCUGGUCAUUGGACGCACCGUGAGAAGCCAGGAUGCUACAGGUAGCCGCUUUGUGUGCAACGCCAUUCCCCCGGGCGCAGAGCCGGGCUGCGGCUAUGGUCCGACGGGGAACCGUGUCCUGAGCAGCAGCCCCGUGGAGGACGAGCUGCGGAACACGAUCAUCCAGCUCCGGGAGACCAUCCUGCAGCAGAAGGAGACCAUCGUGAGCCAACAGGGGACCAUCAAGGAGCUCAACUCCAAGCUGGCGCGCUGCGAGGCGGCAGCCGACGAGUCCCCGCAGGGAAAGUCCCGGGGUCAGGGUUCCAGACGAAAGGAGUACAGCAAGAACACCAUGGGGGACCUGCCCCGGGACCCCGGCGAGACCAUAGAUCAACUGGGCAAGACCAUGCAGAGUCUCAAGGGUCGGCUGGAGAACUUGGAGCAGAGUUUGAGACUCCCCAGCACUAAUUUGUCAGCUGGAGGUGUCUCGGCCCUGACUCCCCUGCCACUAGAGCUGCGGGAGCUGCUGCGGCAGCGUCUGGGGGCGCUGGAGACCCAGCUCCUCCGGAAGGUGGCCGAUCUGGAGGAAGAGAAGAGCCAGCUCUACAAUGACACAGCGGCCCACCGACAACGCACCGAGAGCGCGCUCAAUUCCCUCCUGGAGAGGAUCACUGAGCUUGAGAAAAAUAACAAUGCCUUCAAGUCACCCGAGGAUUUCAAGGUGUCUCUCCCUCUUCGCACUAACUACCUGUACGGACGCAUCAAGAAGAGCCUCCCUGAGAUCUACGCCUUCACUGUGUGCAUGUGGCUCAAGUCUGGCGCCACUCCCGGCAUAGGAACUCCAUUUUCUUACGGCGUGCCAGGCCAAGCCAAUGAGAUCGUCCUCAUCGAAUGGGGGAACAACCCCAUUGAGCUACUAGUCAAUGACAAGGUUGCCCAGCUCCCUCUGUCCGUGAGUGACGGGCGGUGGCACCACAUCUGCAUCACCUGGACGACCAGAGAUGGGUUUUGGGAGGCUUACCAGGAUGGCGAGCGUCUAGGCACCGGGGACAACCUGGCCCCCUGGCACCCAAUUAAACCUGGAGGGGUGAUCAUCCUGGGCCAGGAGCAGGACAUAGUUGGAGGCCGUUUUGACGCCACCCAGGCCUUUGUGGGGGAGCUGAGCCAGUUCAACAUGUGGGACCGAGUACUGCGGCCCGUGGACAUCAUGGGUCUGGCCAACUGCUCGGCUUACAUGCCUGGCAACGUGGUUCCUUGGAUUGAUGCAAAUGUGGAAGUGUUUGGUGGUGCAAGUAAAACUGCUCUGGAGAUCUGUGAAGAUCGUGCUUUUGAUUCCUAAAGGAUCCGAUGUGAGGAAAUUCAGUGUAGCCUUUGGGUUUGAGAUCAUGACUGUGUGUUGCUUCAGUCAAUUCUCAAAUAUAGGGGUACCAAUGCAACAUUUUUACAUAUUUAUAUGGAUGACUGCGCAGUCUCAAAGACUCAACGUUUAAAGGACUCACCUGUUGAUAUGUCCAUUUAAUUUCAACACUGAGGACAUUACAGGAGACAUCACAUCAGUGUGCUCAUCUGAAGAAGAUAUGCUGUUGCAUCAGGCUACUGUAAUAAUAUGACCUACUAUCAUUCUGUAUUUUCUCUUCAGUAGAUCAGCUUUUGUUUGACUCCUCUUUGAAAAAAGCUCUUUUUGGUUGCAUUCAUUAUACUGACAAUGCUACACUGUAUUUGCAGUGAAUGUGAGCUCAAACAGGCUUUGAUGUGCUGUGGAACACUAUUCCCGUGUUACAUGGUAGAGUACUUCCUGCUGCGAGCUCCCUGGCUGUUUGAAGACACAUGAGGCAGUGAAAUGAGGUGGAUUUAAUGUUCAAAGUGGACACGAACAGCCCUUGCUGUUGAUUAGGCUACUUUAAAACAUGGCAGAAUGUCUAAAUAUUUUGAAUGAACCCAAGCAGUGAAGUCAGUUCAGAGGUGGCAGUGCAUGCUUUCUGUCAAUACACAGAAUGUGUGUGGUGUGUCCAAACGAGCCAAUGCAGCGUGCUGACAGCAUUAUGCAAGAGUGUGUUUGUAUGCUCAUGUGCGUAUGGCUUGUCUUGCGUGUAAAAAUACCAGAGAUUAUGAGGGAGGGAGGACAUUUUCAUUCUUGUUAAAUCUAUGCUUAAUACCUCUCUGCCCCUUGAGCAGCUGCCACAUCCCAACCAGCUUUAUGGAUGGGCUGGCUCUGCUCAGGUUAAUAGCAAUGUCGGACAGAUGCCCAGGACUGGCAUAUCGACAGAGCUGUGGAUGGCUGCCGAGUGUCCAGUGAGGGCAAGGACUAGGCUUAUCCCUCAAGGACGACCCUUAACUCCUCAUCUGGGUAGUAAUUAUCUGUGUUCAUGAAUGACCGUGGUGGUGAGCAGCCAUUGGUCCGCUGGCGUUUCUCAAAGCUAAGUGCAUCAUAAUCGAUAACAUCUAGAGGCAUAGACGGGAUGUCAAAUGAGACCAACACUCUAUGAACAUGAAUCUUAUGAUUGUCUUAAUCUCCUCUCACUGAAGAAGAAGACUCAUUUUGAUCCUGGGAUAUGAUAGAUAUUUUUUAAAUAAUGUAGGGAAUCAAUGGAUUUUGACGCUGCUUAGUGAUACAUUUGAUGCUUUUUGCUGCUUGAUUUAUGUUAGUCCUUAAUGUUGUGGUGAACAUUUGUUUUAAUACUGUUUGUCAGUAAAAUAUUGAUAUCAAGCCUGGUGCUGGAGCCCCAUAAGGAAAUAAUGUAAAAGGUGCAACAAAGACAAAUCGGUAUCAGUUUCUUUUUUAUUAUUUCACUGUAGAAUUUCCUCACAGAGUAGACACUGGUACAAAAGUCAUUAUACAGCUUAUAUCCAUGUUAGAAACAAAUGCAUUUGAAUAUAUAAUAGAAAAGACAUGAUGCAGUUGGCUACUAGACAGCGCAGAAUGUUAUAAAAGUGAGGAUGCACUUGUUGGAUUUGUCACCAACACAUUGUGAUUAUUCCUCUUUUGAGUGUCUUUAUUAACAAUGUUUUAAUGCAAAAUCAGGAGACAUCUGUUCUGUAGAAAGUGUAUUUUCUUUGCUUUUUCUGCUCAUGAUUUUUGUCCAUUAGCAGCACAUUAUGUAAAACAAAAUUCAAAAAACUAUAUGGUGAAUGGCCUUUUUGUGAGAACCAUA